AUGGAACCUUUCGAAAAAGAUGAAUCGGACGAUAACUCAGAUAAUUCAUCUUCUAACGAAGUCAGUGAUGAAAGUGAUUUUGAUUUCGACUAUGAUGAUUUAAUCGACGAUCUGGAUGAACUUCGAAUAUCAAGUGAAUAUUCGACUGAUAAUGAAAUGGACGUUGAUUCCAUAAUAGAAAAUUCUAUGAUUGAUGUUGAUAGUGGUUUUACGACAAUUUCUUGCACCGAUGUAACGCCAUUUCUCGUGUUCAACAAUAUUUUUACCAAAGAAAUUUUUAAUCUAAUUGUCGAUCAAACAAACAUUUACGCAAAGCAAAAGAAACGUAGGCGUAGUCAGAAUAGUAUCGAUCUCUGGGAAGAUGUAACAACGAAAUAUAUUGAAUCGUUUCUUGGAAUAAUCAUCGUGAUGGCGAUCAAUAGCUUACCAAGCAUGAAGCACUACUGGAGUAAGGACAAUAUUUUUCAUAAUAGCUUUAUCUCUUCGGUCAUGUCGAGAAACCGCUUUCUUCAAAUCUUUUAUAAUCUACAUCUAGCUGACAAUUCAUUAGAGCCAAAAAGAGAAUCAACUAAUUACAGUAAAAUUUACAAAAUAAAGAACUUCACUGAAAUGUUACUCAUGAACUUUCAAAAUAACUAUAAGUUUGGCCGAUAUGGUACUAUCGAUGAAACUAUGGUCAAGUUUAAGGGUAGAUCGAGUCAAAAGCAAUACAUACCUCUAAAACCAAUAAAAAGAGGUUAUAAAAUCUGGUGCUUAUGCGACUCCAUCACCAGCUAUUUAUUCAAUUGCAGAAUUUAUCUUGGAAAAGAAGGAACUAGUGUUAACGAAUCACUCUUGGGCGAACGUGUUGUUCUCACCCUUAUCGCUGAUCAUCGUUUUGAAGGAAAACAGUUGUAUUUUGACAACUUCUUUACUUCUCUUCCCUUAUUAGAGAAGCUAAGACGACGGCGAAUAUAUGCUACAGGGACUAUUCGAUCUGAUCGAGUUGGUAUUCCACGACAAUUCGCUCUGAAAGAGAAAAUGGAGCGAGGUCAAACAACACUAUCACCUAACUAUUCAUGUCUGAAAAAUAACGCUGAUGUGGAAUUUACAUUGUCAAUAUCUGCUCAUUCUGCAUCGAAUCCGUCAUCAAGUUGCUCUGUACAGCAGUGUAAUAUAACUACUUUCGAUAGUAGUAAUUGUCGCCGAUCACCAACACCUUGUUUCUAUUAUUAUACAAUAAAUAAUAGCAGUUAUUGCGCUCCGGCUAUUCAAUGUUCGCUUUUGGAAUUAUGUGAUAAUGUAACAAAUAGUUGUUCGUCGUAUGAUUCGAUCUGCAUUGUUAAUUCUUGUUGCUCGCCAUCAGCUGUUUGUUUACCUUUGUUGACGACAAAAUUCUGUUUGCAAGGAUGGGCUUUAACAGGAAGUAUGAAUAGUGCACGAACAUAUCACACAGCAUCCCUUUUGCCAGAUGGAAAGGUAUUAGCCGCUGGUGGAUAUAACAGUUUUGCUUAUGUGAAUAGUGCUGAGUUGUAUGAUCCAUCGACAGGUAGUUGGACUUUAACAGGAAGUCUGAAUAAUGGACGAGAUUCUCAUACAGCAUCAAUAUUAUUAAAUGGAAAAAUAUUAGUGACUGGUGGUUUUAACGGUGUUUUUGUGAAGGGUUCUGAGAUAUACGAUCCAUCAACAGGAAUUUGGACAUCAGUAAGAAGUAUGAAUGUUGCAAGAACAUUUCAUGCAGCAUCGAUAUUAUCUGAUGGAAAAGUAUUAGUCAGUGGUGGACAGAAUUUUGAUGGUUAUCUGAAUACUGCUGAGUUGUAUGAUCCAUUAACAGAUACUUGGACAUGGACAGGAAAUAUGAGUAGUAUACGACAUCAUCAUACAUCAUCAAUAUUAUCAAAUGGAAAAGUGUUAGUUAUCGGUGGACAGAAUUCUGGUACCAGUUCGUAUAGUGCUGAGUUGUAUGAUCCUUCAACAGGUAGUUGGACAACAACUGGAAGUAUGAACACUGCACGAUCUGGCCAUACAGCAUCGGUAUUAUUUAAUGGAAAGUUAUUAGUUGCUGGUGGAGCCAAUGGUCUGAUUCAGGAUAGUGCCGAAUUGUACGAUACAUCGACAGGUAUUUGGACUCUAACAGGAAAUAUGAAUGCUGCACGAAACUUACACACGGCAUCGGUAUUAUCAAAUGGAAAAGUAUUAGCCGUUGGUGGAUAUAACUAUAGCUAUUUGAAUAGUGCUGAGUUGUAUGAUCCAUCGACAGGUAGUUGGACUUUAACAGGAAGUCUGAAUAAUGGACGAGAUUAUCAUACAGCAUCAAUAUUAUCAGAUGAAAAAAUAUUAAUCGCUGGAGGAUCGAAUGGUUCUGCUCUGAAUAUCGCUGAAUUGUACUGA